UCUCCGUGUUCCGUACAUUGGCUGGACUCCGGAACGCGCUUGAUCGUUUCCUAUAUGUCUCACGGUGUCGUAUGCUGGAACGUCCAAAGCCUGAGGAUGGAAUGGCGACUGCCACUGAGGAGAAUCCGGAUAGGCAGAUCGUCGCUAUCCCAGGAUAAGGAAGUGUUAGUCGUGUCAAAUCUCCACGACGGGUUCGACCUGUACAGACUCCGCGAUCAACGUCACCUCCGCACUUUCAAAGCCAAGGCGUCGAUAAAUAUCCCCCUCCCUGCGUUGUUCAUUCACGACGGAAAGGCUGUCUUGACAGGUAGUGACACUGGGCGUGUCUCUGUUUACGACUGCGGCACAACGCUGGUGAUGCAGGUUCUAGCACAU